AUGGAAGCUGAUCAUAUCCAUGCACUUAUCGAACGAGUUAUAAAUAAACAACCAACCAUGAAAAUAUGUACGCCAUGGGACUGGCAGCAACGUAUAAGAUCAACCGGGGCCACAGUUUCUGAGAUGCAGUUAGACGACUUCAAGAACUUCGAGGUCUUAUAUUCCGGCACAGGAUCACCUCUCAUUCAAAAGAAACAGAUGGUAGACAAAGAAAGCUUUUUAGUGUCAUCAGCGGUGUGA